UUGGCCUGGUCCCCCGACAACUGGCACCCUUUGAAAGGUGCUCCGGCGAACCUUCGGUGCCCUCCGCUCGCGCUCCCGCCCGCCGCCGUCAACAGCAAACCUAACCAGCUAGCCAUGUCCUCCCCAAACUUUGGCUUCUCUCCGUGGAGGAGGAGAGCUUCAUCCUUGAGCUCCCAGAGAACCGGCGAAAACAACUCCGAGAACCCGCUCCUCAGCCCUGGCCGAACUUCUCAUCUCGCUGGCGCAGAUGCCAGAAACCUGUCGUCUUCCUUGAGCUCGAGUCACCGAGAACCGAUCCCUCCCCAGGAUAGCGCCCAGUAUGCUCGCAGCGUGCGCGAAGAUACCGCAGAGCUCGCCUCGUACCUCCUGUCGGACAAGAAGACCGGCCAGAGCCCGUCAUUUCUUUCGCGUCAACGAUCACAGAAUUCGCAACUUGCUCGGGAGACGGCAGUUUCAGACACCGAGGAGGACGAGGCAGGAAGCGCGCAUAUCAACAGCUCCGACACAAUUCAAGAAGUCUCUGAGCCUUCAUCACCGGAGGAGGAUUUGGAAGGACUACCGGAGGACGGUCCCUCAAUCUUGACGAGCUUGCUGAAGAGGUCACCACCCCAAUCGCACCGAGAGCCCUCACCCGACCCUCAACCCCGCCCCGAACAAUCCGAACCAGACACCGUCGAAUCGAAGCCGAAGCGAUCGCCGUCCAGAGAAAGGCACGAACCAGAACCGCAGCCGUCAAACGGCGCCGCUGCGGAGGAACCGACCGAGCGCACGCCCCUCAUACCCAGACUUUCGUCUGACAGCUAUGAGACAAACGGAAGCACCAACGGUGUCGACGUGGAAGGGCAGAAGCAGAUGCCCAAGAAGCAAUGGUUCCGCGGUUUGAAGGAUUUGACGGUUAAUGUUGAGGAUCACAUUGUCCACGGCGUCCAGGUCGUAACAAGCCCCAAAAUUUGGGACCGGAAAGUUAUUUGGCAGAAUGCUAUCGUAGCUCCGGUGUCGUGUUUGCCUGCCGUAAUAGUUGGAUUGUUGCUCAAUGUUCUUGAUGCUUUGUCUUACGGCAUGAUUUUGUUCCCCCUUGGCAAGCCCAUUUUCGCUGGUCUUGGCUCGGCUGGAAUAUCCAUUUUCUAUGUCAGCACCAUCGUCUCGCAAUUGACGUUUUCCUUUGGUAGUAUCUUCAAGGGUGGCGUCGGCUCAGAGCUUAUCGAAGUCGUGCCCUUCUUCCAUAACAUGGCCCAGACGAUCACUGAUCACAUUGGUGAAGACAAGCCUGAUGCCGUGAUUGCGACGACGAUUGUUUCCUAUGCAAUCAGCUCGAUGAUGACAGGAACGGUUUUCUAUCUUAUGGGCAAGUUCAACUUCGGUUACAUGGUCGGCUUCAUCCCGAGGCACAUCUUGAUUGGCUGCAUCGGAGGUGUUGGUUGGUUCCUGGUAGCCACAGGAUUCGAGGUCUCAGCCCGCAUGGACGGUAGCCUCGAGUACGACCUCGAUACCCUGCAUAAGCUGUUCCAGACCGAUACAAUCCCUCUGUGGGUUACACCACUGAUUCUUGCCAUCAUCCUCUUUUACAGCCAAGCCAAAGGAGCCUCGAAAUACUUCUUGCCGCUGUACAUCAUCUCAAUUCCCAUUGUCUUCUACUUCUUUGUAUUUUCUUUGGAUGCGCUAGAGCCCGAUUCUCUGCGCGACCAUGGCUGGAUCUUCGAGGGGCCUCCCGCGGACGAGCCAUGGUGGUACUUUUACACGUUGUACAAAUUCAACCUCGUCGAGUGGGACGCCGUGCUCGAGACCAUUCCGGCCAUGCUUGCCCUGACCUUCUUCGGCAUCCUCCACGUUCCUAUCAACGUCCCCGCUCUAGCUUUGCAGACUGGCGAGGACAAUGCCGAUCUCGACCGCGAGCUGAAGCUUCACGGCUGCUCCAACUUUAUCUCGGGACUUGCUGGCAGUAUUCAGAACUACCUGGUCUACGCCAACACUGUUUUCUUCAUGCGGUCUGGCGGAGACAGCAGGCUUGCUGGAAUCAUGCUGGCAGCCUUGACUUUCGGUGUGAUGAUCAUCGGACCCAAGAUUAUUGGCUUUAUCCCCAUUAUGAUGGUCGGCACUCUCAUCUUCGACCUUGGCUUUGAACUUCUCCUUGAAGCUGUUUGGCUGCCGAGGAAGAAGCUCAAGCUGGCGGAAUACCUGACGGUUAUCGUGAUUGUACUUGUUAUGGGCAUUUACGACUUUGUCAUCGGUAUUGGCGUGGGCAUUCUGCUCGCCUUCAUUUCACUCAUCAUUCAAACCUCGAGAGUUCCUGCCGUCCGAGCGAGCUACACGGGCGAGAUUGUUGGUUCUACCGUGCGCAGGAACCCCUCGCAGCACCACUACCUUCAGGAAGUCCGUCGGCAGAUCUACAUUGUCAAGCUCACGGGCUUCCUCUUUUUCGGAACUGUCGUCAGCGUCGAGGAAAAGAUCCGAGCGUUGAUCGACGACAGGGCUUUCGCACAACGGCCCAUCAAAUAUCUCAUCCUUGAUCUGUACCACGUCACAGGCUUGGAUUACUCUGCUGGUGAAGCUUUCAAUACCAUCAGCAGACUUCUGGAUAACAAGGGCAUUAUUCUUGUUAUCAGUGGAAAGGACGCAGAGAGCGAGGUUGGUCGGAACCUGAGGCAAGUGGGACUAGGCGACGACGAUAUCGAAGUCACAUUGCUUCCAGACCUCAACUCAGCUCUCGAAAGUUGCGAAAACGAAUUAUUGAAGACUCUAUACGCGAGCCAGGACGAACUUCGCAGAGAUAACCGCCACGCACCGACGGCAAACCUCGAAAUACCGGCGAAAUCAGACGGGCCGUCCUUUGAUGUCGUGAUCAACUCUCCGAGACGUAGCCACCUCUACGAAGCCGCCAGAAACGCGCUGGCGAACACCGAACCCCUGGGAACGACGAAAUGGCAGAGCUUUAAGGAGCCUCUGCGGUUGAUGUUGCAGAUCUUCCAAGGGCUCAGCGAGAAGAACGAAGACUUUUGGUUCAGGGCCGUCGGGUACUUCGUCAGGAAGGAGUACCCGGCAGGCACUGUCCUCUUCACGAGAGGAGACGUCGCGAAGGGCUUUUACCUCGUCGAGAAGGGCAUCCUCCGCUGCGACUACGACCUGCCACAGGGCUCUCUCACGGAGAGCAUCGUGGCGGGCACGACGUGCGGCGAGCUGCCCUUCUUCUCGGAGACGGACCGCACGGCCACCGUGACGGUGGACAGAGACUGCGUCGUGUGGAGGUUGGACAAGCAGGGCUGGGAGCGGCUGCAGAAGGACCAGCCGGACGUCGCGCAGGAGCUGUUGAGGAUGUCGCUGAAGCUGACGAGCGAGAGGAUGACCUCUAUCACGUCCUACAUUCUGACCAUGGCUGGAUGA